AUGGAAUAUAAAUAAAAGAGGAAAUAGUUAAAUUGGAGUGGAGAGAUUAAAAGGUAUAAAGGAAUAAAUAAUUUAUAUAUAAUAUAAAUAUUUGAAAGGAUUUCUCGAUAUAAAUAAUUUAAUUAUUUUUUUUAAACAUUUUAAGCAAAUUAGAGUUAGAAAAUGGAGAACGAAGAAAAUGAGCAAUAAGAUCUUUCAGUAGGUGUGUUAUAAAUAAUGCAUUUGUUCGCUAUAUAUACCAUUAUAUAUUAAUUUUAAUUCCUAUUUUAUCUUUAGUUUAUAACCAAUUAAAUAAGAAAGAUAUUGGAUUUAGACCAAAAAAGUUAACAAUAUCAAGAGAUUUACAAGUAAAAAUAUAUUAAAAAUGAUUUAGAGUUAAGCUUGUGAUAUUUGUGCAGUUGGAUUCGAAAGCAGAUAUUAAUAAUAAGAAAGAGGUAAAGAUAAUAAAUAAUAUAUAUGUAAGGAAUGACUAUAAUAUCAUGUUAUGGUUGUUAAUUGAGUUGUCAUUUAUAUUGUUAUGGUAUUUAGACUGAAAUAGAGUUGAAUCCUAAUUCUAACAAUUAAGGAUAUUUUGCUUGUGAUAAAUGCAAAUAUUGUCAAAAAUAAGAUUAAAUAUGCAUAGUAUGUAAUUAAAAAGGUGGAUUAAAAAAAAGAAUAAAUGAUACAAAUGAAUUUGUACAUCCUCUUUGUGGAUUGUUAUCAAAAUAACUUGAAUUAACUUCAUUUAUGGAAAUGAAAUUCAAAAAACCAAUCAAUAUUAUUUAAAUACCUAAAUAGACAUGUUCAUAUUGCAAAACUUAAGGAGCUACUAUUAAAUGUUAAUAAUGUGAAUGUAAUAAUUAUGCACAUAUUUAUUGUAUGGUUAAUUAUAUAGUAAGUUUUGGUGGUUAUAAUUUGACAUAUUCUGAAAACCAACAAAGAUUAGCAGGAUGGGAAAUUUAAUUUAAUUAUAAAUAAUUAUUCUGUCCUGGUAUUCUAAUUUAAGCAGGUAAUGAUAAAACUUAAUUAAAAAUCAAAUCUUAAUCUAUUCUAUAAUCAUUUAUGGAUAUUCAGAAUGUUGAUAGAUAAAUUAAUAUUGAUUCAUUUUAUGAUUUAUAUUAAUAAUAGGAUAAAAUAGAAGAAGAAAAAGAGUAUUUUAUUUAUUAUUAUUAUCUUAGUUAAUUAAUUUAAUUCUUUUGUUCUACUCAUUAAAAUUAAUAAAUGUAUUGUUGUUGUUAAUAAUAAUAAGCAAAUGAUUCUGAAGAAAUGGUUUAAUGUGAAACAUGUAUGGAAUGGUAUCAUGAUAAAUGUUUACGUCAAUAUUAAGAUGAUUAUGAAGAAUAAAAAAAUAAAGAUCAUUAUUUUUGUCCAUUUUGUAAUUAAUGGAGCAAUGCUAAAUUCGAUCAUAUACUUAAAUAUAAGCCUGUUAAUUAAAUUUAAUUAAUAUUACCACCAUUCUUAAAAAUGACUUUUAAUUCUCUUAUUAUUUUGGGUAUUUAUUGUGAAAGAAGUUUAGUAACACAGAUUUCAAAAUGUAAAUUUUAAUCUUUAUUAUUUUUUUAGAUUCAGAAUCUGAAUAUACAAUCAUUGAAACAAUCUUAAGUAAUCUACCAUUUUAUUAACCCUUAUAAUAGCAUUUAUAAUAAAUUAAACAAAAAUCUAAUGUUACAGAUUUUAUGAAUUUCCUUUUUAAAUAAUAAAUACCAUAUAAAGAUAACAAUUAAUGGAUUAUUCUGUCAUAAUUAGAUGACUCUAAUCAAAUCAUUUAAUAGAAUAUACAACAUAAUAAUGUAUUGAAAGAAAAACUAAAUUAAGUUAUUAAUUUAUUUAAAGAUUUUGAUGAAUGUAAUUACUAUAUUCAUUUAUUAAAUAAAUUGAAUAAUUUAUAAUCAGCAUUUCAAAUUAUUACAUCUAAAACAAAAAUAACUAAAUAAACAAUAUAAAAUUAAUACAAAUCAAAUGAAUUUUAAGAAUUCAUAUAUUUAUAAUCUUAACUCAAUGAGUAUAAAAAAAUUAAAAAAAGAUUUUUAAAUAAAUUAUAAGAAGCCGAAGAUUAGUUCUAUGAUUUUGAAUAAAUUAUAAAUGAAGAUGUAUAAGAUUCUUCUGAAGAUGAAGAUGAUAUAGAUGAUGAAUUAGAAGAUUAUUAAAAAUUAUAGAAUUAUUUAGGUUAUUCAAUUACUUAAAUUAAAAAUUAUUAAUAAUUUUAUAGUCUAACCUCUCAAACUAGAAUUAAAUUGAAUUAAAUUAAAUUAAGUUAAGAAUAUGUAGAAAAAACUAUAGAAGAAUUAAAUGCAUUAUUAAUCUCUGUUCCAUGGAUUGAUUUAUUAAAAGCUGAAUUAUAAGAAGGAAAAAUGGUUAUUUAAUAAUUAGAAAAUGCUAAAUCAAUUGAUGAAACAUAAUUAUUAUUAAAUAAAUUGGAAGAAUUACCAUUUUAUUAUAAAGAUUUUCGAAAUUUAUAUGAAUUUGUUUCUAAAUAUUAAAUGUAUGAAAGAUACAUGUAAGAUUUAGAAUUGUAGGAAAAAGAUGAAGAUGAUAGUGAAAUUUAAGUUACAAAAGAUAUUUAAAUUAAAAUUACAUGUGAACAUCUUUAAAUGUUAAAAUAAUUAUCUAUUGAAAUUAAUGCUUCUGAUAAAGAUAAGCUUUUAUUGGAAUAAGUAGAAAAAUAAUUAAACGAAUUUAGAUAAAAAUUAAGAAAUAUGAUAGAAUAGAAGAGUUUAAAUGAAUAAAUGAGAAAGAAAUUUUAAGCUGAAUUAUAAAUGAAUAAAAUUUAUGAUGUUCCUGAAAUAUAGGAACUUUAAAAGAGAUUAGAAUAAUUUUAAGAAGUUGAAAAAAUUAGAAUGGCUAAAUCUUAAACACUUUAAUAAUUAGAAUAAGCGUAUGAAAAAUCUAAAUAACUUAAUUUUGAUGAAAAAAUUAUUAAUUAAUUUGAAUAAGAAAUUACUAAAUGUUUAUAAAAGAAAAAAGAAAUUAAAACUUUAUUAGAAAACGAAAUAUUUGAAACAGAAUAAUUAGAUUAUGCUAAAUUAUUACUCUAAGAUAUCUCUUAAAGUAAAAUAAUUUAUGAAGAGAAAUAAUUAUUAUAGAGUCUGAAUAAAGCUUGCUAAUUUAUAUAAUAAUUAUAUGAAUUUUAUUAAAAAUAUAAAUCUCCAGAUUAGGAAAUGGAAAUCGAAGAUGAUAAAAAUCCAGAUUUAUAAUUUAAAAUAAAUUAAGUAAUUAAUCCUUUUUAGAUUCUAUUUAAAGAUGAUAAUGAAAAUAUCAUAUUAGAAUUAGACAACAUAUUAAGUAAAUAAUAAAUAAUUCUUGAUAAACGAAUAAAUACUGUUUUCAAUAAUUAUUAGCAUUUUCUUUGGGAAAAAUAGGCUAAAUUAUUAUUAUCUUUAUGGUAAUCAAAAUAAGAAAUACAAUUAACUUUGAUUGAUUAAGUUCUACUAAAGACUUUUACAUUAGAAGAAAAUGAAUAAGCAAAUUUAAUAGUAUUUUAGGAAAUGUUUACAAAUUAAUAAAAAAUAGUGAUUGCCUUAGGAUCUUAAGUAGGGAAUUACCUAUUUUAAGUACCUUCUCCUUAAGAUUUAGAUGGUUGGUUUAUCCUUUAUGGUUAAAUAACACUUUCUGUAAAAGGUGGAAUUUGGGAUUAAGUUAAAAUAUAUAAUGUUUGGGUUACUAUUGUAAGGAAAUAUUUUGAAAUUACAACAACUCCAGAAUUUACUUAUGAAAGUUUAAAAUUAUUAUAAGAUGUAAUUGUAAUGUCACAUAUUCCAAAAUAAUCAUUAAUUUGUGUAAGUUUACUUUAAAAAAUAGCAUGUUUUAAUGUAUUAGUUGAUAAAAUUAAAGAUUAUAAUGCUAGAAAAUAGAUAUUUUUGGAAAAGAGAAGAUCUAAAUAAGAUUUAUAAAAGUUUAAAUAAAGUUUUUUAAUAGCUGAAGCCAGAUUAUUGGAUUAAGAAAUUAUGUCAACAAAUAUGGCACAUGAUUUUAUAUCAAAGGAUUUUUAUUAGGAUUAUUAUUAUAUUCAUUAAAUCUAAGAAGAAUUUAAUAAAUGUUCAAGUGAAGAUAUAUCUGCACUUACAUCAUUAUAUUAAAAAUUAAUUUAAUCGUUUAUUCAAGAUUAAUAAUUGAUGGACGAUUUAAAGAUUAAUAUAUAUUUAUUAAAAUUGAAAGAAAUAUUAAAAGGAAAUAAAACAGUUGAUUUAUAAAAAGUCAAAAAGUAAUACACAAGUUUAAUGUUAUUAUUAUAAUCUCGUAAUUUAUAAGUGCCAGAUGAAAUUAUAGAAUUAAAUAAUUUAUUAAAUAUUGCAGAUAAAAUUUAAAAUAUCGCCAAUAAGAUUAAAACUAAUUAAAAUUAUACUUUUGAAGAAUUGGAGUAGUCUUUAAAAGAUAUUGAUAAAAUAAAAAAUAUUAAUAUAGAAAGAUCAUAAGAUGUAGAAAUAAGAUAUCAUGAAUGUCUCUAAAUAUAAAACGAAAUAAGAGAGAUUAGUUAGUCUCAAAUUAAAACUAAAGAAGUUGUAGUUUAAAACAUUUUAGAAAAAUUAUAAAAUUUACCAUUGCCAGAAGAAAAGUAAUUAGUAUAAUCUUGGUUAAAUUCAUUUGAAUAAUUAAAAUAAAGUUAUUCAACUUUAAGAUAAACAAUUUCAAAAUAAAAAGCGAAUCCAAAUGGUAAAGAAUUGACAGAUUUAAUGAACAAUUUUUAAAAGAAAUAUAAAGACAUAAUUAUUUUAUAUCCUGAUGCUGAUCAUUUCAUAAGAGAAUAUUCAGAAUUUAAUAAAAAAUUAGAAUUUAUAGAGAAUAAUUUAUAAACUGAAUAAGCUUUCAAUGAUUUUCAUGAUUUACUUAGUAUAUUUAGAUGGGGUGAUUAAUAUGAAAGAGUUAAAGUAGCAAUUUGGAUUAAAUAAGUAAAUUAAUUUAAAGAAAAUCCUUAAUAAAAAUGGGGAUUUGCAUCAUUUAGAAAUAUGUUAAAUUAAGGAUAUGAUAUUAUUGAUUAAGCUUUAAUGAAUAAUUAAAAGUUAUCAAUUGAAAAAAUGAAAGUUCCAUUAACAUAUUUAGAAUAAAUUAUGACAAAAUUAAUAGAUUCAGUUGCAAGUGGUUCAUGUUUAGAUUCUUGUGUUGAUGGAAAAGUUGAUGCUUCUUAAUUAUAAAUUGAAUUAUAACAUAUUACUUAACAUGAUAAAUUAGAAAGAUUAAGAGAAUUAUAACCUAAAAAACCAUUUGAUGAUAUUAAUUCAUACUUUGAUAGAAAAUCUAAAUAAUAAUAAAUUAGAAAAAAAAAUCAACAAAGAGAAGAUAAAGAUAAUGUUGAAUAAAAUAUUGAAUUUGUUAGUAUUAGAAAAAAUAAGAAACCUUAAACUAAUGAGACUGUUACUUAAUAAUUAAGAGAUACUAAAAAAAAAGAAUUAUUAUAAGCUGUUUUACGUAAUCCUACAUUAUCAACUUUGAAAAAUUCUGCUUUUUAUGAAAACAGAAUUAAGAUUUUCGAAAAUUAAGAAUUUGGAACUUUUAAUAAUAAUAAAUAAAGUAUAAUUUUUAUAUUAUAAUUUAGUGUAUCUGGAAAAAAUGACAGCACUUAUAUCAACUUUUAAGGAAUUACAACAAUUACCUAAUUUCUCAAGAAGAAUUGUUGAAAAAGGAUUUAAUAUUGAAUAGGUUAAUUAUGCAGUUAAAAAAUAUGAAAGCAAAACUUUAAAUUAGACUGAAGAAAAGUUAAUAUAAAGACCUCAUGCAUCAUCUUCAUAAUAAUAAUUAGAUUAUAAUCCUUUAGCUCCUAAUAAAAAUAAAAUUGUUGCAAUUUAACCAGUUAAUUAGAAAAAUGCUUAACCUAUUGCUAAAUAAGUUUAAUCAAAUUAAACUAACACAAAAUUAACUAAAGAAGACGUUCUUAAUUAAAUUUUAAAUGAUUCUUAUCCAAAUAUCAAAUUAUAACAGUAACAGCCUAUUUAAUCUUAAUAAAUAUAAUCUCAAACAAAACCCCUUUAAUAAAUAUAAACAUCAUAAAUUCUUAAAUAAUAAUAAUUAUCAGUACAAUAGAUACCAUAAUAAUAAUAAUAAUAAUAAUAAUAAUAAUAAUAAUAAUAAUAAUAAUAAUAAUAAAAACAAUAAUCAUAAUAAUAAUCAUAAAUAUUAGAUACCUUGUAUCAUUAAGAAUAGAAUAAAUAAACUUCUUAAUUUUAAUCACAAUAGUCAUUCUAAUCAUAAUAAUCAUUAUAAUCAUAACAUUAAUAAUAAUAAUAAUCUUAAAAAUCAUUGCUUUCUCCAAGUAGAUCAGUUAGCAAAGGAAUCAAUGAAUCAAUGUCAUCAGAUUUACCUGAAUUAGAAAUUUUGAAAAUAGAAAAUCCAAACAAACCUAUUUUAUAUAAUCCUGAUGAUGAUGAACCAGAGUAAAAAGUUGUUGUUUAAAAGAUUGAAGUAAAUUUUUUAUUUCAUUUAUAGGUUACUCCACUUAGCUUUGGAGAUAAAAUUCUUAAGAUUGGUAAGAGAUAUAGAUUUAAUUUAAAAGAAUACUAGAUUACAUGUGAAUUCUAUACUAAUGCUUUAGAUAAUAAAUUAAAAGAAUUUCCUAAGAUUUCAAGUGAAUUUAAACACUAAAAAUAUUAUUAAUAAGAUGCAGCUUUAUUAUAAAUGGAAAAAUCUGUCAAUAAAAAUAUUUAAAUCAUUUUAGCUGGUUGGGUAGUUCCAGAAAAAUUUAAUGAUUUAGGAGAUAUUUAAAAAGUUAGUGAAAUAUUAAGAAAAGACUAAUAAUUUAUCUCAUUCCCAUUUGGUGAUUCCUUUUGUACUGUUGUAUAUUUAAUGCAUUAUGAUUAAUUGUAAAAUUCGUAAUUAUUUGCAAAUUUCAAAUUGCAAGAGUUUGUUUCUGAAACACACUAUUAAAGAAAAGAUUCAGGCAUAAUUAAAUAUUGGGGAAAUUUGAUAUCAAAAUUAUGUUUUGUAAUUACUAUUAAAUAGUAAGCCGCAGCAGUGAUGUUAAGUAGUUUUAAUCCUUUAUAAUAUGAUACUGUAAGGAAUUUAGCAAAGGUAUUUAUUAAUUUAAUUUAAUUUAUAGUCUAAAGAACUUUGUAAAUGGGCUGAAAGUAAGAUAAGUGAAUAAAAAAUAAAUAAAUAAUAGUAAUAAUAAUAAUAAAUAGUCUAAUAACAAUAGUAAUCAUAAUAGUAGUAGUAAUAAUAGUAAUAAUAAUAAUAAUAAUAACAACUAUAAUAAUAAUAAUAAUAACAAUAAUAAUAAUAACAAUAAUAAUAAUAAUAAUAAUAAUAAUAACAAUAAUAAUAAUAAUAAUAAUAAUAACAACAACAAUAAUAAUAAUAAUAAUAAUAACAAUAGCUAUAAUAAUAAUAAUAAUAAUUAUAAACAGAAUUAGAACCAGUUACUUCAGAAGAAGAGGAAAAUAAUGUGAAUAGCGAUUAAAAUGGUUAAGUUAAUUUAUUUGGUGGCACAAACGGUGAUGUAAUUUGUUUGUUUUAUAAAGUAGGGAAAUGGUUAUGAAUAAUUGUUUGCCUUAUUACAAUAAGAUAGAGAAAUCAUGGGGGAGCUUUUUAAAGAGAACAAUAUACGAUGA